UGAGCCGGAAACAACAGCAAAAUGCUCAAUAGUCAGUCCCCAAGAUAGGAGACCUGGGAGGCAGGCGGGAAUUAGGCUGAAGGAUCGCUUCCACCUAGUAGUCUCCAAGAUCUGAGCAGACGACAGGAGGCGCCACCAGGACAUCUCUGCUGCGCUUGGUGGCCAGGGAGGAGCGAGCAUCAAUCUCUGCUGCGGGUGUCAGCCAGCCACCGCCGGCUGCUCCAGCCUGCACGUCUCUGUCCCUGGCGCAGGGCGCUCGGGCUUCUUAGCCUUAGCCUGCGCUGUCAGCUUUUCUCUACCCGCGAUCAACCAUGGAUGUCAACUCCCCGCUUUCUGUGCAAAGCCAUGUGGGUAGUUGAACCAAACUCUGCUACCUGCCUUUCUGCUGCCCUGCCUGCCAAGAGACACUGCCAGGAAUCCAGCACCCUGGAGUCACCACUGAUGCACGAGGUCUCAGAAGCACAGCCCAUCAGCAGCAGUGCAGCAGGCAGCCUGGCUGGCUCCAUCACGGCCUGUAAGAAGGUUCUUCGUAGCAAUAGCUUGCUGGAGUCGACAGACUACUGGUUGCAGAACCAGAGGACGCCUUGCCAGAUUGGGUUUGUGGAAGAGGAGUCUGAAAACUGUGCUUCUGUCUGUUUUGUGAACCUGGAUGUAAACAAGGGUGCCUGCAGCACAGAACACCUGCAGCAGAAACUGGUCAGCGUUUCACCAGACCUCCCCAAACUCAUCAACUCCAUGAAUGUCCAACAGCCGAAAGAAAAUGAAAUUGUCCUUCUGAGUGGGUUAGCCUCAGGAAACCUCCAGGCCGACUUUGAUGUUUCACAGUGCCCUUGGCUGACGGAUAUCUGCUUGGUCCAAUGUGCAAGAGGGAACAGACCAAACAGUACCAACUGCAUCAUCUUUGAGAUCAACAAGUUCCUGAUUGGUCUGGAAGUGGUGCAGGAGCGCCAGCUCCACCUGGAGACCAGCACCCUGACGCUGGAGGAUGACACCAACUGUUCCCUGUCUUCAAUCGAAGAAGACUUCCUUACGGCCUCCGAGCAUUUGGAGGAAGACAUUGAGGUGGAGGAAGGCAGGAGCGGUUUUGAAACUGUAAAUGUGCCCGCUAAUGUUUUGGAAAGUAAAAAGCCAAAGGAAACUACCCAGGAAGGAUGGGAUUGCCGCAAGGAAAAGCUGCACUGUGCUUUAGGGGAAAAACACAUUAGAAAAUAUCGCAUGCCUUCGAUGAAAACAGAAAGAUCAAAGGAAAGCGUAGCAGAGAACACAGCCUUGCAAAGUCUCAAUCCUUCAGCCAGGUCAUCGCGCUGGAAAAGCGAAACAGCAGGGAACAAGCAGCUGGCCACGAACUACUCCUACCAUGAAAAUAUCAAAGGAGAAACAGAACCAUCUCAGAUGCUGUACAUCCCCAGGGAUGCUUUUUUCUCCAUGGUUAAGAAAGACAUACUUUCUCCAUGUGCUGCAGUCUCUGAGCAGGGCAGCAACCCCAGAGAUGAUGCUACUCAAAACCCUCCUCCUCCCAUCCAAAAUGGAGAAGCCACCACAGGAGAGUAUGCCACAAACUUAGCAGAAUCUGUAAUGCAAGACGCCUUCAUCAGAUUGUCUCAGUCACAACCCACCCUCCCCCAGGAAUCUGUGGUCAGGUUCUCUGUGGGGAAUGCUCUUCUUCCCAGUGGCUGUUGCACAAAAGAUAUGGUGGCCUCUCGGUCAUGGAAUGAGCUCCCCAAAAUUGUCAUUGUGCAGAGCCCAGACGGCUGUGAUACUGCCCCUGAGCCAAGUGUCUCUUCCUUGCCCGACAUGGAAGUUUCUGUUGAAACCUCGGGCAUUUUUUCCGGAGAGGGCUCCAGCAGACCCACUCAGAGUGCCCUAGAAGUCGCACUGGCUUGUGCGGCCACUGUUAUUGGAACCAUUUCCAGUCCACAGGCCACAGAAAGAUUCACCAUGGAGCAGGAAUCUCUGAUAUCCAAUUAUGCCCAGAAAGGCAGCAGGGUUCAGGAGACUCAAAAUCCCCAAGUAGUCAUGGAACCUUCUAUAACUGAAUACUCCUUCCCAUCGGCUCUGUGUGGCAUGACCCAGGUGGCAAGUGCUGUUGCUGUCUGUGGCCUAGGAGAAAGAGAAGAGGUGACAUGCUCUGGAGCUCCAAGUGGCCUCGUGCCCACAUCUGGGGCUUCUGAAGAACUAGCCUCAACUGGAAAGUUAGUGAAGGAGAGGAGCCCAGCACUGGGGAAGGAAGCCAUUGCAGAGGCUCUGCUCAGGGAGGCUGCUCUGGUUUUAGCAAGGCCUGAUGCGUACAGCAGCAUUGGAGACCUCUUGGAAUCUGUGAACAGGAGGGUUAUAGAAACUACAUCCAAAACCCAGGUCCUGUGUGCAGAAAGUGUUCGAAGGAACGAACUGGCGCACACCUUGUCCAAUGUCAUCCUAAAGCAUUCUAUUGAUGAACUCCACCAGAAAAAUGCAGGGGCUUGCCCCACUGACGAAAGGCUUCCCAGUGGAACUCUGGACACUUUAAUGGAAAGUGUGAGCCAGCUGCUCCACAGUGUGAUCUGCUUCACGUUCAAGAAGGUGAGUCACGUUGUGACUGUCAAUGAACAUCCCACUGGCCUUUCUAAGGAGACUGUCAGUUGGAUGCAGUCAGUUCCCAUAGGUUGCCAGUCAUUUGAUCAGGCUGCUGGCCAAGCAUGGACAGAAGCCUCGGCAUGCUCCAGCAGCCAUCCUCUUAGCAAUGCACACGGCACUGGCCUCGCCAUCAGUGAUCUUAUCGAGGAAGCAUCUCCUAAGCAAAACACCGGUGGAACACGGCCAGGACUAUUCAACAACCCAUGCAGCCACAGAGGGCUUGAUUCGAUGCCUAAGACAUUCCCCAAGGAAAUAUAUCUCAAAGGGAUUGGGGGAGGGGACACAGGAACCCUUCAUCAUAUACUCAGUUAUGAAUGCAAUGAGCAAAGAGCCUCUACAGAAGUAGGAAAGUUGAUGGCAACAGGCGAGUGCUGCAGUGGCUCCCAGGAAACCGAAGACAGCAUUUUCUCAAACACCCAAGAGAAAUACACCUGUGCCACACCCCUAAAUCAUGAAGUUCAAGUUAACCUAUCCUUGUUAGGGGAUGACCUGGUGGCUCCUGCUCAAUCUACACCACAGGAAAGGCAGUCCGAGGUCUAUUGCCUCACAGACUUUGCGGAAGAAUUGGCAGAGACUGUUGUCUCCAUGGCAACCGAAAUAGCUGCAAUCUGCCUCGACAACUCCAACGGAAAACAGCCCUGGUUUUGUGCUUGGAAAAGAGGGAAUGAGUUUCUGGUGACGCCCAAUGGAUCCUGCCGAUCCUUGAAGAGGAAGAAGGAAAACUCCGGAGGCGGCAGCGCUGUGAGGAAACACAAGCCACCCCGCCUCAGUGAAAUCAAGAGAAAAGCAGAUGAGCACCCGGAGCUGAAAGAGAAACUGAUGAACAGAGUUAUGGAUGAGUCUGUGAACCUCGAAGACAUCCCUGACACCGUCAGUACUUUUGCAAAUGAGGUGGCAGCCAAGAUCAUGAACCUAACGGAGUUCUCCAUGGUGGAUGGAGUGUGGCAAGCCCAGAGCUGUUCCCGGAACCGACUUCUGGGUGGUGAUAGGUGGAACCGGCUGAAAGCCUCUAGCUGCGAGAGCAUUCCAGAGGAGGACUCUGAAGGCCGGGUCUUUGUGAACAACCUGGGUUUGAUGAGUACCUUAAGCCAACCUGUUAGCAGGGCCAGCUCAGUCUCCAAGCAGUCUAGCUGUGAGAGCAUCACCGAUGAGUUUUCCAGGUUCAUGGUGAAACAGAUGGAGAAUGAAGGGAGGGGCUUUGAGUUGCUGCUGGACUACUAUGCUGGCAAAAAUGCCAGCAGUAUUCUGAGCUCAGCAAUGCAGCAGGCAUGCCAGAAAAAUGACCACCUCAGCGUGAGACCGAGCUGCCCCUCUAAGCAGUCCAGCACAGAGAGUAUAACAGAGGAGUUCUAUAGGUACAUGCUGAGGGACAUUGCCAGAGAGAGCAAAGAUGGCACCUCCUCCAGGCGAAGCAGCCAUGACUGGACCACAGGCUUGCUGUCUCCUUCUCCAAGAUCCCCGCUCUGUUACAGACAGUCGUCUAUGCCUGACAGCAGGUCCCCAUGCUCCAGGUUAACAGUAAAUGCACCUGUCAAAGCCAACUCCUUAGAUGGCUUUGCCCAAAACUGCCCUCAAGAUGCCCUAAAUGUACAGCCAGUCAGUAGGGCUUCCUCAUCCGGACUCUGCAAAUCAGACUCAUGCUUGUACCGUAGAAGUGGCACUGACCGGAUCACAACCAUGCUAAUUCACGAAACGUGGGCCAGCUCCAUUGAGGCCCUCAUGAGAAAGAACAAAAUUAUUGUGGAUGAUGAUGAGGCAGCUGAUGCCAGUCCCGGUCCUGUGGCUGGUGGCUCUCCUUUGCAAAUAGAAAAGUGUGCAAACAGAUUAGCCAUCAGCACAGGGCACAGGGGACCAGCUCUGCUUGUACAGGAGUCUGUUGAUUACCAGAGAAAGGAUGCUGCUGCAGAAGGCAAUUGUUCCCCAGUAUCAUCUCCAAGGAAACCGGCCCCUGUCACAAAACUCAGUGGUCUUGAUCCGAGAAGAGAAGCCUCUUCGAGCCACAAUGCCAAGGCUAUUGUUCUCAAGAGCCCCAGGCAGGCAAUUUGCUCAAGGGACGUGCCUUUGAUUCAGAUAGAGACAGAUCAGAAAGAAGCGUGCGUUGGAGAAGCUGAAGGCUUCCUUCCCCAAAGUGGCCCCGCAGAGGAAGCAGAAGGGCGUCGGCCUGAAGAAACCAUCCCAGAAGUGGCCAGAUGUGCAGACACAGCCCUGAGCACCUGUCAGAGCUGUCGUGACAGCCUUGAGACCAGAGAAGAGUCAGAAGUGGAUGUUUUGAAAGAAGUCAGACCCCCAGAUGAGUCCCCGAACCCUCCAAGCAGCAGCGAAGAGAGCACAGGCAGCUGGUCCCAGCUGGCCAAUGAAGAUGACAACCCAGAUGAUACAAGUAGCUUUCUGCAGCUCAGUGAAAGGUCCAUGAGCAAUGGCAACAGUAGUGCCACUAGCAGUCUUGGCAUUAUGGACCUGGACAUUUAUCAGGAAAACAUACCGUCUUCUCCCAUGAUUAACGAAUUGGUAGAAGAAAAGGAGAGUCUUAAGGAACAAUCGGAAAGCAUAAAGGAACAUGCCUCUGGACUGCCAGGGAGAGCAGCCAGCCCCCAGAGGAGCCUGCUGGUGAUCAACUUUGACUUGGAGCCAGAGUGCCCUGAUGCUGAGCUUCGAGCCACGCUGCAGUGGAUAGCUGCCUCCGAACUUGGGAUCCCAACUAUCUACUUUAAGAAAUCUCAGGAAAGCAGAAUUGAAAAGUUUCUAGAUGUUGUGAAGCAUGUCCAUCAGAAGUCCUGGAAAGUGGGCGAUAUAUUUCACGCCGUUGUCCAGUACUGCAAACUACAUGCAGAGCACAAAGAGGGGACUCCAGGUCUCUUUGACUGGCUCCUGGAGCUAGGAUAAGUCAGGUGCGCCCCUCAGAGAAUUUCCUUCCUCUAUCCCAGCUUAGGUUACGGUGGUUUGCGCUAAAUGCUCUGAACUUUCUCAACACACUGCAUCUCAUUAGCAGAACUAUUUAAAAAUCUGCUCCAGUACCAUGCACAGGGAAUAAGUCUGAAAGAAUGUGAAAUACAAGUCUAUACUAAUCAAUAUCGCUGUGGGCAGGUGUGAAAGGGCUUGUUUGAGAACAGUUUCGAGAGGAGAUACUUCAGUGAGGCCCAAAUAGGAGGGUUUCCAAAAGCCCAGCCUCCAGGAAAGCUACACUCACAUACACAUCACAGUAAAAAGUGAUCUAUAAUGACCCCGGCUAUGUGAAUCAAACAGAAACGAAGUCAUUGGGUUACAGUAAUUCUAUAAAUUAUGCCAAAAAACUUCAAUGCACUUUGCUUAAUGGGUACAGGGAUUAUCCACCCAAGGAAAUGUUUGGGAUAUAGUUGAAAGUUUCCAUACCUUUAUGUGAAUGAAUGAUUUCCAC